GCACUUCCUUUUCCUAUCAUAACAUUUGCUCGUGUGACUACGCUUCCUUGGUUGGGGUGUUUAUAUACUGCUUCAUACUCAAUUAAUAACCCAUCAACACAUUUAAUCAUCUUCUUUUUAAAAGAAACUUAGCACUAAUCAACAUAGAUCAAAAUGCCCCAGAACGAUUAUAUUGAGUUACAUCGUAAGCGAUAUGGUUAUCGCUUGGACUAUCAUGAGAAAAAAAGAAAGAAGGAAGGGCGUGAGGCUCAUGAUCGCUCCAGGAAGGCCAAGACGCUGAUUGGUCUGAAGGCUAAAUUAUACCACAAGCAGCGCCAUGCAGAGAAGAUACAGAUGAAGAAAACCAUUAAGAUGCAUGAACAGAGAAACACCAAACAAAAGAAUGAUGAGAAAACACCCAAAGGAGCUGUACCAGCAUACUUGUUGGACAGAGAAGGCCAGUCCCAAGCCAAAGUGCUCUCAAAUAUGAUCAAGCAGAAGAGGAAAGAAAAAGCUGGUAAAUGGGAAGUUCCUGUACCAAAAGUCCGUGCCCAGGGUGAAACCGAAGUUCUCAAGGUUAUUCGCACAGGGAAGAGAAAGAAGAAGGCCUGGAAACGCAUGGUUACUAAAGUCUGUUUUGUGGGAGAUGGAUUUACUCGGAAACCUCCAAAGUAUGAAAGGUUCAUAAGACCAAUGGGUUUACGGUUUAAAAAAGCGCAUGUAACCCAUCCAGAACUAAAAGCAACAUUCUGCCUUCCUAUUCUUGGUGUAAAGAAGAACCCAUCCUCUCCUCUCUACACAUCGUUAGGUGUAAUUACCAAAGGAACUGUCAUAGAAGUGAAUGUUAGCGAACUUGGCCUGGUCACGCAAGGAGGAAAAGUUAUCUGGGGUAAAUAUGCUCAAGUAACAAACAAUCCUGAAAAUGAUGGCUGCAUAAAUGCUGUCCUGCUUGUUUAAACCAUGCCCUUAAAUUUUUUUGACUUGCUACAUCUGAAGACCUGGAAAGAAGUAUAGAGAACAUCUUGUUUUACUACUGCAGUUUGACAGACCAGAAGAGUAAUGGUAGCCUGAAGGAACUUGAAACUUGGACUACUCUACUUUUGUAGUAUCUUAAUGAAAAUGACAUUUGGCAGAGCAAAAUGUAACCCUGGAUGUUUGGAACUUUCAGUCAGACAUAUACACAGGAGUAUGUCUGUGAACAGCGAUGGAAAUGUUUUCUUGCUAACAUCAGUACCAAUAAAGUCAAAUGUUUUCAAAGUUUGA